GUGUUAAAAGAAAGGAGAAGAGUAGGAGAGAAAAUGAGGAAGCUUUGGAGGGUCCCGAAAAGAAAAAAAGAUAUAUGAUUACAUCGCCUGUCAAUUCUAAAAAUUUUGAAACAUUCUUUGAUAGAUCAAGGAAGUCCAUAAUACUUCGCCGAGAGCUUCAGAUAUCUCUGUUCUUGUUCACCAGCCGUUAG